CAGAGCAACUUUCCUUUGAUGGUUUUCAAGAAGGCUGUGCUGUGAAGUGGUAAAGUCUCCAGGAAGCAAAAUGCCAUGGUCUCAGGGGAAACUGGUCUUUUAUUCCAGCGUGGUGGCCAGUGGGACCUGUACCUUACAUAUUGCCUGAUACAAAAGGCUUUUUCCAAGGCUUCCUAUUACCAGCAGGCAUUGGAACAGCUGCAUGGCCACCCCGAGGCCCUGGAAGCCCUGGGCACUCCCCUCAAUGUCCACUGUCUCCGCCUCACUGACAAGUACAACUUCGUGGACAUUGCCGAAGCCCAGUUGAAGAUUCCUGUCUCUGGACCCAAGUCAGAGGGCUAGCUCCAUGUCAUCUCAUCAAGAGAUGCCCCCUUUCAGAGGUGGCACCUUCAGGAGGUCUUCUUAAAGCUUGAGGAUGGUCAGCUGGUUCCCGUGUUCAAGCUCAGUGGGAACACUGGUCGUGAAGUAAAAAAGGAGUAA